CCGAGAUAUAAGCAAGAGCUUCGCGGAGAAGUCUACCUGGAAGGCGGCUACCAUCGCGUUUGUACUGAUGGAGCCGACAUUUGACAUCCCGGACUCGACCGAUUGGCUCGACACGCCGUUAACGCUUCUCGCGCCUUUUGAAACGUCCCUCCGCUGCCAGGUCUGCAAGGACUUUUUCGACAACCCUGUGAUCACGUCGUGCAGCCACACAUUUUGCUCGCUAUGUAUCCGCCGGUGUCUGAGUACAGAGGGAAAAUGCCCUACAUGCCGGAGCUCUGAUCAGGAGCUGAAGUUGCGUCGCAAUUGGGUGGUGCAGGAGCUGGUGGAGGGGUUUAAGAAUGCUCGACCGAGCAUAUUACAGCUAGCUAGGAUGGCACAAACUGGCACGGAUGAUAGUGGAGAUUUGGCUGCGGAAGAGCCUGCAUCGAAAAAGCGGAAAAUAGAGCCGAAUGCCAUUGUCGGCACAGAUGGUCUUCCUGAGGAGGGUAUUCGCACCCGAUCACAGAGUCGAGGAGCUAGUCGGCAGCCACAAGCUACUCCUGUUCAGGUCAUAGAUGAUGGUAAUGAUGAGGACUAUAUGCCGGACGGCUUGGUGCCGUGCCCUGUAUGUGGACGGAGGAUGAAAGAAGAAGCCGUGUUCCGUCAUCUUGACUCCUGUACUGGGACUGCAGAGGAACUGAAGCCAGCGGCUUUUGGGUCGUUAGCACCUGGCCCGCGCAAAUCGUUCCUAGCAGCCACGGGAAAACCACCGGAAAGACUUCCUGUUAUAAAUUAUUCUCUACUGAAAGAUACGGUGCUACGAAAGAAAUUGAAGGAUCUGGGCAUACCAAACUGGGGCCCGCGAGCUUUGCUGCAAAGACGACAUACUGAGUGGUUGAACUUGUGGAACGCCAAUUGUGACUCUAGGACACCGAAACCGAAACGAGAGUUACUGCGUGAAUUAGACGUCUGGGAGCGGACCCAAGGAGGAAAUUCAGUCACUCCCACCGACCCAACGAACGCUGUAAUGAAUAAGGAUUUUAAUACGGAAGAGUGGUCGGCGAACUAUGACACAGAUUUCAAGGCAUUGAUCGCGAAUGCGCGAAAGAAAAACGAUGCUGUUAUUCGCUCAACAAUACCGAACGCUUCCCAAGCGAAUUCGGAUACGCCGCGAAGCGCCCAACUCGUUGAUCAGCCUAUCGAAGCUUCGCUAACUCCGCAAGAUGUGGACGAGAAAAGCACAAUGAAUCCUCAGGAUGCUAUCGACAAUAGAACAGAGGUUCCCCCGGUACCAGAUCCUCCCCAAGCAUUAAGCGGGAUAGAUCGUGCGGUGAAUUCGCCGAUGAAGAAUGUGACCGAGGGCGAUGCCCAGGCGAUUCCCAUCUCCAGCAGUGCGUCCACCCAUAAAACGCCGCAUUGAAUCUGUCAAACGGUCUCGUCAGCGAGACCGACAUUCAGACAGUUCCGAACUCCAGCAAUGGCUAGGACUGCGCCGGCCCCUCAGUACCUCUGUGUUUAAUUGAGCAAGAGUGAACUCUGGGAACUGCGAUAUUACCUCAAGCUCCUUCUUCGACCGACAUCUGGGAUAGCUUUUCAAUGCUGUCCUCCAAGGCAGAAUCGACGUUCUGCCCCACUGGUGCUUUCCGGAUAGCCCCUUUGGUUUCCAGACCAAGGUUGUCGAGCUCGGCGAGCUGCUUCCUGGUUCCCUCUGCCUCCUGCUCUUCCUUCGCUUUCCGUUCCUUGAACUCCAGCCCUUCGAGCUCCUCGUCAAUCUCAGUCUCAUCAAUCUGUGGCCCAGCUUCACCCAUGAUGUUUCCGAUCUCGUCCACUUUGGACAUUUCCUCGCGCAGCUCAUAGACGACAUCCUCAACCUUGGAGACAUCGCCGAGUUGAGCAUUGAGACCUCGAAGGGCGCCCGUGCUGGAUUCCAUCACUUUGAGGUACUCGACAUGGUCCGUGGCCUGUUCGAUCUUGAGCUGGGUUUGCUCAAGCUGUGCGAGAGUAUCAAGUCUCUGCUGUAGAUUAUGCUCGGCGAGCUUCUUCGACCGCAAUGCAGCGAGGGCUGAUACGCGGUUCUUAUCACCAAGAGCGGCUCUUGCGGUUGCAUUAAGCUCGGCGAUUUUCUUUUCCAGGCUUCCAAUCUGUCUCGUCAUCGUUGCUGUGAGAGACUUGAUCAAGGAAAUCGCCGUAUCUUGUUCAGUAAUCUCUCUUGGAGAAUCAUCCGUGGGCCGGAACCUGAUCGUCUAGCAUACAUUUAGCCUUAAUCAUAUCUAGUAUAUAACCCGCAUCACGUACCUUGCCAUCAUAUGCAAUGGCACCCUUGUCGCGGGAUAAAUAGAGCA